AUGGAACAGGCGACUCCGCCAAAUGCCCACAUACGCGUUCUAGAGGUUGAGAUCUCAGCCCCCAUGACUUCUGGCCAGUCAUACUAUUUCAAAGUGGGUGGAAUACCCAUUCGUGCAGCUUGGAUAAAGAGGAGAUGCAUUGGCGAAGCUAAGACACGAAAAUACACCGCAGUACUCUUUGUUCUUGUGGAAGCAGAAGUUUCCAGUGAGCUGGACGUAUGCGGACCUUACAUCAUACCACUUACUCCUCUGAUUUCCAUGGACAGAACUCUUGACAUUGUUACCCUUGAUAGCGGUGUAGUGGAAGCUUAUCAAAACCUAGCAUGGCGGUAUGAGCUAACCAAACAAAAGAAUGAUACGUCACUAAUCUGGUUUAAUGAGAGCCCAGAUAUGCUAAAGGCCUGGUUCAAACACGCCGGAUUUGGCAAGCAUCUCGGCGUAAAGAUAAUAUGCUGUGGGGCAAGUUCCAAACAUCUGGACGGCAACGAAGAAAUCAGGAAAACCAUUAAGUCUGCGACCGUCAAUGGACCUGUACCAAUAAGGAAGGAUGGCCAAGGACAAGGACUCGUCGAUGGUUUGGCUGAAGCCCUCCGUUCAAAGACCAUUUUGUUGUAUAAUGGCAGCAUUGAUGAUGCACUCCAGGAUUUUAUCCUAGGUAGCAAAAACCUCUAUGUGGUUGGUGAGAAUCUGAGAUCCUACGGUGUACGUCCCAAGCGGCUUGACUUUGAUGAUGGAAAGGUUUAUAAAAGUCUUGAUGUGUAA